AUGGCUGACGUUGCAAUUUUCUGCUCAGAUCUGCUGUCAGGCCGGAGACUCAUGAGCGUCUGUGACCAGUUCAAACAGGCCUUGGGAGCCAAGGUAAAUCACGUGCGGAGGAUAUUGAGCCAGUGCAGAGAGGGCAAGCUCAAUGUGGCAGCAAGAGAGGUCCCCGGUGUCGACGGCAACCUGAGGGGUGAUGACAGCAGGAACAUGUGGCCCAUGGUGACUGGCAGCGAAAGUGGGAGCAGGCAGCCUGAGGCGACUGGCAGCGACUUUCCUGAGCAUUCAUCAGCUCAAUUUACAUUGUCAGGAGAAUACGUGCUUGGAGGUUUGUUCCCUAUUCAUCUUACUCCAUUGGAUGAUGUUGAUCGAUUGAAGCCUGUUGUUCCAAAAUGUGAAAAAUCAAAAUUCAGAACAAAGACGUUCACUGCCUUCCAAGCAAUGAGAUUUGCUGUUGAGGAUAUUAACAACUCAACUGAUUUGUUGCCAAGCAUCACUCUCGGUUAUGAUAUUGCUGACAGUUGCUUUGAGGUUGUGGACAUCCAAGCCAUAUUCAGGUUCCUUUCAGGCAAGCAAGGAGCAGAGCUGAAGAUAUUAAGCAAUUACACAGUUUACCAACCCAAGGUAAUUGCUGUCAUUGGACCACCUUCAACAGAUGUAGCAAUUACCAUUGCCAGGUUGUUAGGUUUCUUCCUUGUUCCUCAGAUCAGCUACCAGGCAUCUGGUGAGAUUCUGAGUGAUAAAAUGCGCUUCCCAUCAUUUUUCCGGACCAUCCCAAGUGACAAGAACCAAGCAAAAGCAAUGGCACUACUGAUACAGGAAUUUAACUGGAAUUGGAUUGCUGUUAUUAGGAGUGAUAAUGAAUACGGGCGCAAAGGGGUUAACAAAGUGGUGGAACUGACCUCAGCAGCAGGAAUCUGCAUUGCGUAUCAGGCUAUCAUCUCUACCUCCCCUGAGCUUGUUAUCCAAAUGAUCAACAAUAUCAGUAACACUGUCAAUGUCACCGUACUUUUUUCCAAUGAGAUAAUGGCGCAGGUAUUUUUCAGUCUUGUCGUGGCACAAAAUCUCACCUCCAAAGUAUGGAUCAUAAAUGAAGCUAUUUCUUUAUCACAAGGAUUAACAAGCAUACCAAACAUUGAGAGUAUUGGGAUGGUUAUGGGUACAGCAAUCAAGGAAGGGCAGAUGGCACAUUUUGAAGAGUUCCUGGACAAACCUUUGAGUCUCACUAAUCCAAGAAUGUUGCCAGAUUCAGAACUGGAAAAGCGGCUUUCAUACAAUGUGUACUUGGCUGUGUAUGCUGUUGCCCAUGCAUUGCACAAUCUCCUCCAGUGCAAUGUAGCACAAUGUGAGAAAAACCAGAGUAUCCUUCCCUGGCAGUUACUCAGCAGCUUGAAGGAGGUGAAAUUUAAUCUUCAUGAUGACAUUUUCUACUUUGACGAGUAUGGAGAUCCACCCAGUGGUUAUGACAUUGUCUUAUGGGACUGGAUGAGGGCUCAAGUCCGUUUUAAGACCAUUGGUUCUUACUUGCCGAAUGAUGGACAGAUAAAAAUCGAUUCGUCCUUGAUCCACUGGAAUUGGGAAAAUAACUUGUCACAGAGGUCCCAGAAGACUGGAGAGUAUCCCAACAUUAUUCCUUUGUUUAAGAAGGGCAACAGGGACAAUCCGGGAAAUUACAACCCGGGUGCACCUUACAUCGAUCCCUAUCAUUGCACGGAUUGUCGUUGGCAACAAUGGUCACCUCCUAAAAGUCAUCGCUGCCUGGAAAGGGACCUCCAUUAUCUGGAAUGGAAUAGCAUUUUCUCCAUUUUCCUGCUGAUCUUGGCAAAUGGUGGAAUUGUGCUGACCAUCACCAUAGCAAUCAUCUUCACACUCAAUUGUAAUACUCCUGUUGUCAAGUCUGCUGGUGGGAGAAUAUGUUUUCUCAAACUCAUGUCUAUGCUCUGUGGCUUUUCUUGUGUGUAUUUCUAUAUUGGCAAACCAAACAACUUCUGCAAAAUAAGACUGCCAUUCUUCAUGGUGAGGUUCACUCUCUGCCUGUCUUGUAUACUGGUGAGGUCAUUUCAAAUCAUAUGCAUAUUCAAAAUGGCCACUAAGCUGCCUAAGGCCCAUGACUAUUGGGUUAAAUAUAAUGGGCAAUAUCUUUUCUUCUUCCUCAGCACCUUUGUCCAAAUUGUCAUUUGCAGUGUGUGGCUCAAUACAGACCCACCCACUCCUAAAGGUCACAUCAUUGAGAAGGCAAUCAUCAUGGACUGUGGCAAUGGUAGCAUGACUACCUUUUUGCUCAGUUUGUUUUAUACUGUUUUUCUUUCAGUGGCAUGUUUCUUUUUUGCUUAUAUGGGAAGGGAUCUUCCAAAGAACUAUAACGAGGCAAAGUCUAUUGCCUUCAGUAUGAUGAUCUGCUUUGUGUAUUACAUUCUGUACAUGAUGUCGAUGGUCACCCCAAAUCAGGAGAGGUACACCUCAUCUAUACAGACCUUCCUGAUAGUCACUAGUGCCUUCAGUAUUGCCAUGGGCUACUUUCUCACAAAAUGUUACAUUAUUUUAUUUAUGCCACAGAAAAAUAGCACGGCUUAUUUCCAAUCUUGCAUUCAGGACUACACAAAGAGACUGAAUGGAGCAAAUUAG